AUGUCUCCCUCCAGCUCUCCGCGCCUUCCCAGCCCACCGCCGAUGGCUGAGGAUCAGAUUGGGCCCUUGUCUCCAACAGCCGCAAUGUCUGAAGACAAGGGCAAGCUUGGUGGCUUCAGCAAUGUAGACCAAGGCGCGUCGCGGAGGAUACGGCCUGGUACGAAGGCUGCGGACAUGGCAGAGGGCCCUCCUCUGGUAGAGUUGUCCGAGAUAGACUCCGCCUUCCAGCUAACCGAGCACCUCAAAGCACUGUACAACUCCCACACCCAUCCUGUGGAUUCAAACUCAAUAAUCCCCAUUGAUCGGCAAACUGCCAUCCGGCUUGCAGACCCGCCUGAUGGCGUAGACCGCGCCCUCUGGCUCUACGAACUCUGCCGAUUUCUCACCCAAAAGGCCAAUUCCAUCGUCGUCGAACUCUUCGCCGACAGCCCGCCAUGCUCAGCGCAGACGUGUCCCGAGAUGCGCGCCUCGGAAUGGCAGUACCUCUGCGCUGUGCACGACCCACCGAAGUCAUGCUGCGCGAUAGACUACUGCUGCCACACGCUGGACUGGGCGGCGAACACCCUCACUUCCCCAAAGCACUUCCCGAGCAGACUGGCUCUGGGCACCGAGGCGAACACCCCACAGCAGCAGAUACGGCAGCUGACAAAUAUCUUCCGACGCGUAUACCGCAUCUUCGCGCACGCCUGGUUCCAGCACCGUGACAUGUUCUGGAGGAUAGAGGGCAGGACAGGCCUCUACGUUCUCUUCAAGACUGUAUGCGACGAAUACAACCUAAUUCCCGAGGACAACUACACCAUCCCCUCCGAAGCAGAAGGCAUGCAAUCCACGCCCGUGGCGUCUGACCAACCGACCUUUAUAAGAAGAACGGAGUUUUUGCAGUCAGAAAACGAAAGGGGUGGAGACUUGCCUGUUGCUGAAAAAUCUACGACUGCCACUGGCAAUACCACGAAGAGGCACAGGCAGACGCCGUCAGUAGGUGCGAAUGCAGUUUCAACCGUGCCUGAGGAGAACGAGGAGGAGGAACAGCCGGCUCAGCUUGAAGCACCGAGAGAGGACGAACCGCCCGCCUAUGAAGAGCCCUCAGACGAGGCGCAGACAGGCGAAGUGGAGAGAGAUGGGCCUUUAGAGCCGCAUCCCGAAAGCUCAACGACGGCAGUGGAAACACCAAGCACAACGGCCUCUGAGGAGGCAGUGCCGGAAGGACCUGCUCAAUCAAGCGAGGAGCAGGAGACCGUCGCGGCGGAAGACAGGCAGCAAGAGACAAAUGCUCAAGAAGAACAACCGCCCGAAGAACCGUCCCCUACCACUGCGCCAUUGUUGUCUGCUGGUACAACGGCCAAGCCAGAAAGCGAAACAGAGGCGGGGGAACAGUCCGAAGAGGACAAAAAGCACGAAGAGCUCAGCAGUCCUGAGACCCAGGAUCAGCCGCAAACGACCGACCCAAUGGAACCCACAGCCCCUGCAGCAGACGCAAGCGAAGCCUCCAAAAGCGUUGACGAUUGA